GAAGAACCAAUCAUUGCACUCGAACGGAACAGGUGCAAACGAAACAUUGCAAAAGUACGUCAGAAAUGUAAGGAACAUCACUUAGCCAAACAAGUCGCAAUUUGAAUCCAUACUAAUAAAACAAAGUUGUAGAAUCUUUGUAAGUAAACAAAGAAUUAGUGCACUUUGAGUAUUUAACAAAACGAUAUUAUCGAAUGUUUUAACCUCAAGGUUAAAAUAUUAUUAACUUCUCCUUCAACCGAAGAACAUAAGAAAAAAAUUAUAUUGACUUGCAAUUACUUAAUCAUAUUAUUAUAAAACCUCCUUAAUUUAAGAAGACAUGAAAGUCAUAAAAGGAAAUUGGAACACUCUUCUGAGUAAUUACGAGGUUUUGGAUAUUUUGCAAAAUACAAAGUGUUCUUACAAGAAACAAAAGAUGAAUCAGCUUGCAACCAUCACUUAUCAAACAAUCAAGUAUCUAGAAGACACGCCAUGUAAGAAGCAGAAUCCAGAGAAAAUCCGAGAGUUUCUAAGAGCCAUGGAGCCUAUCAAAUUGACCAAGGCUGAGAAGCUCACUCUUCUCAAUCUUUGUCCUACUACACCUCUCGAGAUUCAAUUGAUGGUGGAAGAGAGCGAGGAACGACUAUCAGAGGAAGAAGUGGACACUGUGCUUCAAAUCGUCGCGAAUGUGCGAGGAGAUGAGGAAGACACAGAACAAGAAACCUAAUCUUAGACCUUAAAAAA